CAGUACAACCAGCAGCCGGACGGAACCAGGACCAGAGCACGAUGUUCUCACAGGCCCUCUGGCUGCUGCUGCUCUUCGGCGUCCCGGCAGCUCUCGCGGCAAAAUGUCCUGAGCAGUGCGUCUGUGACCAGAUCCAGCUCACGGUGACAUGCGUCAAUGGGAACCUGACCCACGUUCCUCCUGCUGUGGACGAGAUCACGGUGAAGUUAGAUCUGCGGGGCAACGACCUCCAGGAGCUGAGCGGCGGGGCGUUCAAACACACGCCGUACCUCACCCACCUGUCGCUGCAGCGCUGUAACAUCCGCUGGGUGAAGGAGGGCGCCUUCCGGGGCCUCGGGCGCCUCGUCUUCCUCAACCUGGCCAACAACAACGUGGACAUACUCUACCAGGAGUCGUUCGACGGCCUGACCUCGCUGAAGCAGCUCAUGAUGGACCGUAACCGCGUGGAGGAGAUCCAGCCCGGAGCCUUCUCUCAGCUGGGCUUCCUCAACCUGCUGUCGCUCACGCACAACCGGCUGGUCUACAUCCCCAACAUGGCCUUCCAGGGCUUGCAGAACAUCAAGUGGCUCCGCCUCAGCCACAACUCUCUGAACUACCUGGACACCGAGGCCUUCGCCUCUCUGCUCACGCUCACGCGGCUCAGCCUGGACCACAACGAGCUGCAGUUCUUCCCCACCGAGCCCAUGACCAGGCUGCCGGAGUUGACUCGCCUCGACAUGAGCUACAACCCGAUGACGUACCUGGGGGAGGAGGUCGUGUCCAUGGCCAAACUGACCCACCUGUUCCUGGACCACAUGUUCCUGCAGGACAUGGACCACACGGCCGUGUCCAGAUGCCCCGGCCUCGUCCACCUGGACAUCGGCUACAACCAGCUGCGUGUGCUGCAGCCGUUCUCCGAAGGUUCGCCGAAGCUGGCGCGCCUCAACCUGGCCGGCAACCCCGUCUACUGCAACUGCUACCUGCGUCCACUCAGGGAGUGGUCGAUCCGGCGCAGGGUGAGGCUGAUGGGGACGUGCGGGGGUCCGGCCCAUCUGUCGGGGGAGAACCUGGAGGCGGUUUACCCCGCGGAGCUGCGCUGCCAGAGCCAGGAGGCCAUGCUGAAGGCCGAGUACGAGGAGGCGAGCAGGGUCACGCCGCCGCCCACGCCGCCGCCACAGAACACGGUCAAGUGUCCCCUCAACUGCGUCUGCGAGGCCGAGACGCGCCACUCCUCGUGCGAGAACCGCGGCCACGCCAAAGUUCCUCGCGGUUUCUCUCCCGACACGCGUCUCCUCGAUCUCCGCGGCAACCGCUUCCACUCCAUCCCCGGCAACAGCUUCCCCGGCGUCGGCCGGGUCGUGUCGCUGCACCUGCAGCGCUGCAAGAUCGCCGAGGUGGAGGGCGGCGCCUUCAGUGGCAUGAAGGGCCUGAUCUACCUGUACCUGUCGGAGAACGACCUCACCGCCCUCAGCCCCGACGCCUUCAAAGGCCUCCCUCAGCUGACUUACCUGCACCUGGAGAACAACCGCUUCACCGGAUUCCCCAAAGCAGCCUUCACUCUGGUCCCCAGCCUGCUGGCGCUCCACCUGGAGAACAACUCCAUCGCCAAGCUGGAGCCGGACCUCUUGACCGGAGCCGAGGGCCUCAGGGCGCUCUACCUGGCCGGGAACGUCAUCCACCACGUGGCGCCCAGGGCUCUGGACCGGGCCGGGGACCUCGAUACGCUCCACCUGGGAGCCAACCGGCUGAAGGCGGUGCCCACGGACGCGCUGAGCAAGGCGGGGAACCUCAGAGACCUGAGGCUGUCCGGGAAUCCCAUCCGCUGGGUGGGGCCGGAGGCUUUCCGACCGCUGGGGGGGGCCCUGAAGGAGCUGUACCUGGAUAACAUGGGCCUGGAGAAGAUGUCUCCGAGCUCCCUGGCAGGUCUGAGUGCCGGGUUGAGGAGUCUCUUCCUGGAAGGCAACCAGCUGGAGGAGGUGCCCGACCUUCACCCGCUGACCUCUCUGGAGGUCAUCAACCUGGCCGACAACCCUCUGAUGUGCGACUGCCCUCUGCUGCCGCUACGCAUGUGGAUUGAGAAAGUCAACCUGAAGGUACGAGCCACCUGCGCCAACCCCCCCGAGCUGCGCGGUCGCCGGGUGAAGGACGUCCACGCCUUCAGGGCGUGUCCCGGGGGCGAGAGCCUCGCCGCUCCCCCGACCGCCACCCCGAAGCCCGCCAUGGCGCCCAAGGCCACCAAACCCAAGUCGGCGCACCUCGGCGGUCUCCGGAGGAUCAAAAUGCUCCGAGCCAAAUCCAAACUUCGCAAAACUCUGAACACGAAACCGUCGUUAGCCCAAAAAAACACCGAGAGACGCAGCGCGGCCGGAAAGAAGUAAACACGUCUGAGGUUCAACCACAGAUUCAAGUGUAUUUUUUUUAAUCAAUGUUUAAAAAAAAGUAAACAAAUAUUUU